GUGUUUAUUGUUUGUUUUGCCGUCGUCCUCUCAUUUCGUUUUUGUUCAUUUCCUCAAAAAGUUUUGUGUUCUUUGUCGCACAGCCUUUCUACUAGUUUUGCUGAAAUGUCUGAAGAUGCCGCUCAAGAUUUGGAAGCCCAGAUGUCGAAGCCACCCGAGAACCACAAGAGAAAGGACUAUCUGCAUUGGGAUGACUACUUUAUGGCCACCUCCCUGCUCUCCGCCAAACGCAGCAAAGAUCCCGUCACCCAAGUGGGCGCCUGCAUCGUGGAUUCCCAGAAUCGGAUAGUGGCCAUUGGAUACAAUGGGUUCCCUCGCAAUUGCAGCGAUGACGUGUUUCCGUGGUCAAAGGCUCCGAAACGUUCAAAAAAAGAUUCCCUUGAAGACAAGAAGAUGUACGUGGUCCACGCGGAGGCCAAUGCAAUCCUGAACACCAAUGGCAUGAGUUUGUCUGGAACCCGACUGUAUACCACACUAUUUCCCUGCAACGAAUGUGCCAAACUCAUCAUACAGGUGGGCAUAUCUCAGGUGCUCUAUUUGUCCGACAAGUAUGCCUUUAAGCCCAAAUAUCGUGCAUCCAAGAGGAUGCUGGAUGCAGUGGGCGUGGAGUAUAAGCGACACAUCCCCCUGAAAAAAACUAUCACCAUUGAUUUUGAAACCUUCCCGGAAGAAGAUUAGACGCACCCCUG